GGUAUAGUCCGACGCUCAAGGAGAGAGAGAGCGCAGUUGUUGGCUGCAGGUCUCUCUGAGAGGAACGCGCACAGCGGCUGAGGACACAACACUAGAACCCGUCUCUAUUCUGUCUCUACUGCCCAGAGUGCGAGUCUGAUUCUCUCCUUAUCUCUGCCUGCCAUUGUCAUCAACUGGGGGAUACAAACACCAUCGAAGAAUCAGUUUGAAAAGGACAGCCGGCCCUCUCAGCCCCCUCCCCACACCCCAGUGAUGCUUAGCUGCUGCUGGCAGGCUGAGCUCAGAACAGGCGAUGGGCAGACAGUGUGUUUUUAGCAGUGGUAUUGACGAGUAAGGACCACAGCAGCAUCUAAACGGACCAAAGUGACAUUUGCAGCUGUAUCCCAGAGGCCCACCUUGGCAGUUAGAGGAGAGGUCAUCACCAUGACAGCGUCCUCGCAGGACUCCACCGCCUCGUCUAUGGCUGGCCUCUUCCUGCUCCUCCUCUUUCCAACUGUCUUCACGCAGAACUCUGCUGUCCCGGCGACCCCAACCCCGUUGUCGUUUGACCCGCUGACCCAAACAGAGUGCACGAAGAAAGAGCAUCCAAAGGUUUCCAUCCAAGCACUCAGUCCAUGGAUUUCCACUUUCUCCCACCUCGGCGUGAGAGACUACUCCCAGCUCACCCUUGACCUAACGAGGAAUGAGCUUAUUGUUGGUGCCAGAAACCACCUGUUCAGACUCGACCUCAGUAACAUGUCGCUGAUACAGGCGACAGAAUGGGCCCCGGACGAGGAAACCAGGAGGUCCUGUCAGAGCAAAGGCAAAACAGAGACUGAAUGUCAGAACUACAUCAGAGUCCUGCUCGUGAACAAGACUGAGGUCAUGACCUGUGGAACCAAUGCUUUCCAGCCACUAUGUAUUACCCGAGAGGUGGGCAACAUGAGCAGUGUGCUGGAGCGGGUGAAUGGUGUGGCACGCUGCCCAUACGACCCUCGUCACAACUCCACGGCGGUGGUGACAGAGAGUGGAGAGCUGUAUGCCGCCACCGUCAUCGACUUCUCUGGCCGUGACCCCGUCAUAUACCGCAGCUUGGGUGGCAUGCCCCCUCUCCGGACUGCACAGUACAACUCCAAAUGGCUCAAUGAACCCCACUUCAUCUCAGCCUACGACAUCGGCCUCUUCACCUUCUUCUUCCUCAGGGAGAACGCAGUGGAGCACGACUGUGGCAAGACUGUUUAUUCCCGUGUGGCGCGAGUCUGCAAGAACGACAUCGGCGGGCGAUUUCUCUUGGAGGACACCUGGACCACGUUCAUGAAGGCGAGGCUCAACUGCUCCCGCUCCGGAGAGAUCCCCUUCUAUUACAAUGAGCUGCAGAGCACCUUCUACCUGCCCGAGCAAGACCUCAUCUACGGCAUCUUCACGACUAAUGUCAACAGUAUUGCAGCAUCUGCGGUGUGUGCCUUUAACCUGAGCGCCAUCACCCAGGCCUUCAACGGGCCCUUCCGCUCCCAGGAGAACCCUCGCUCCACCUGGCUUCCCACGCCCAAUCCCAUCCACAACUUCCAGUGUGGUACUAUAGAUGACGAGGGUCCCAACGAGGGUUUGACGGAGCGCAGCCUGCAGGAUGCUCAGCGGCUCUAUCUGAUGAACGACGUAGUCCAGCCGGAGUCUGUUGAUCCACUGGUCAUGCAGGAUGACGUUCGCUUCUCUUACCUGGUCGUGGACAUUGUUCAGGGCAUGGACACCCUCUACCAUGUUAUGUACAUCAGCACAGAAUAUGGCACCAUCUUAAAGGCACUGGCUACUCCCAAUAAGAACCUACAAGGUUGUUACUUGGAGGAGAUGGAGCUUUUCCCACUGGGGGUGCGAGAACCAAUCCUGAGCCUGCAAAUCCUUCACAGCGACAGGUCACUCUUCGUUGGGCUCAACAACCGAGUCCUGAAGAUCCCGCUGGAGAGGUGCUCCACCUACAAAACUGAGACGCUGUGCUUGGAGGCCAGGGACCCCUACUGUGGCUGGGACUUCAGGCAGCGCAGAUGCACCACAUUGGAGGACAGCUCUAACAUGAGCCAGUGGAAGCAGAACAUCACUGUUUGUCCGUUGCGGAACCAAACCACCAAUGGUGGCUUCGGACCCUGGGCGCCAUGGCAACCCUGCAACAAUGAUGAUGGUGUGGAUGGUGUGAGCUCCUGUUUGUGUCGCUCCAGGUCUUGCGAUAGCCCUGCCCCUCGAUGUGGAGGCAAACACUGCGAGGGCCCCACUAUUGAAGUCUCCAACUGCUCGAGAAAUGGAGGCUGGACACCCUGGUCGUCAUGGGGACAGUGCAGCACAACCUGUGGUACAGGCUUCGAGUUGCGCCAGCGUUCUUGUAACAACCCUUCACCCCGACAUGGUGGCCGUGUGUGUGUGGGGCCAAGCAGGGAUGAGAGGUUCUGCAAUGAAGGGGUGUCCUGUCCUCAGCCUAUCUUCUGGUCCCCGUGGGGCUCCUGGACCAAGUGCAGCACCGAGUGCGGGGGAGGUGUCCACUCCAGGGUCCGCACCUGUGAGAAUGGCAACAGCUGCCCAGGAUGUGCACUGGAGUACAAGGCCUGUAACCUGGAGGCAUGUCCCGAGGUAAAGAGGAACACACCUUGGACCCCCUGGAUGCCUGUCAAUGUGACUCAGGGCGGUGCUCGUCAGGAGCAGAGGAUGCGCUACAUGUGCCGGGCCCACCUGUCUGAUCCCCAUGAGCUGCAGAUCGGACGCAGGAAGGUGGAGACGCGCUUCUGUCCCAACGAUGGUACUGCAGCCUGCGAGACAGAUACCCUUGUCGAGGAGCUCUUGAAGACACCAGUGGUAAGAGUGGCAGGCGCCGGCUGGUCGUCAUGGGAGACCUGGUCGACUUGCUCACAGAGUUGUGCCAAAGGCUACCGCACCCGUUGGCGAUCCUGUGCCGGACCAGAGGGGAAGAGCGCCCCCGUUGCAUGCCGUGGCUCGCCUGUGGAUUACCAGGACUGUAACGUCCAGGCAUGUCCUGUAAAAGGUGCAUGGUCCUGCUGGUCAUCCUGGUCUCAGUGCUCAGUGGGUUGCGGCGGCGGUCACUACCAACGCACACGCUCCUGUAACAGCCCUGCGCCCGCCAAUGGAGGGGACAUCUGCAUAGGACUACACACUGAAGAGGCCCUGUGUAACACACACACUUGCGAUGAUGGUUGUGCAGCAAGAAGGGAGCAGAUGGUGGAGACUGAGCAGCCUGUCGGUGGCUGGAUGGCCUGGUCGCUGUGGUCAGCCUGUGAUGAUUCAGGCUUGCAGAUGAGGAGUCGGGUGUGUGGUGCUCAGGGCAACACCCCCUGUGUGGGGAACAACACUCAGCGCAGAGACUGCAAUGAAAUACCUGUCAUUCUCCCUGCAUCUGGUUUUGAUAAGGACCAACACUGUGGAGCAUUCACCUCCAUCCACUUAAUCGCCACUGGUGUUUCCUGUUUCCUCGGGGCGGGGCUGCUGUCCUUCCUGAUCUACGUCUAUUGUCAACGUUUCCAUAAGCCUUCGCAGGAAUCUGCCGUCAUUCACCCCACCACCCCGAACCACCUCAACUACAAGGGCAACACCACGCCAAAGAAUGAGAAGUACACGCCCAUGGAGUUCAAGACGCUGAACAAGAACAACCUGCUGCCAGAUGAAAGAUCCAACUUUUACCCAACGCCACUCCAGCAGACAAACGUCUACACCACUACCUACUAUCCCACAGCGCUUGGCAAGUACGACUACCAGCCCAACUCCUCUCCUUCGCCAUGCAGGACCUACAACCACAGCAACAACAGCUGAGACAUGCCCCGCAACUGGCUCUCCAAACCCCCCUGCCACAGCCCCAAACGGACACCAUCCCAAUGCCAUGGUGACAUAACUGAACCCACAUGACCUGAAAUGAUUCUCAGAGCUUGGGCAGGUUCCUCUGUUCGCCAUCGCCCCUCUCCUCAUUCCCGUAGUCUCUUCCGCAUGGUAGGGUUUGUGUCUUUAAAAGUGUUUAUGGAACUUUCCAUCAGGAGAUGUGGGUUUGGAUGACGAGGCCUGUGUCCUGGUGCAGUCAGGGACUUAUGCAACCAGCUGGGAGUGUGUUAUUGUAAGGGCCUGACUGGAUAUAGCAGUGUCAACCCAGAGCUUCAUGUGGGGACCUAGUGGGAAACUCUAGCAGGACGAGUGAUGGCUUUAGACAGAUUACGAUCAGAACACCUCAGCGCAGGUGCUGAGUCGAGCAUCCACAAUUCCGGAGACGAACGUGAACAGAACAUUAAAAAAGUUUCAAUUUCAAUUGCAUUUCUCUGGAUCUGGAUCACCAUUUCACACCUCUCCAUUACUAACCACAUUCUCAGCCUGUAAUGAACUUUGAGUCUCUCGACAACAAAAGCUAUUGAGAACAAAUGGUGCAUAUUGUUAUGUUCCUGCCACACAGCACAUAGCAAGAGAACAACAACAAAAGAGAAAACUCAAGGAAGUCGAUGAUGAAAUAAAUUAGAGAUCAAUAUCAGCUUGGUUGUUAGGGGCGAAUGCAUGCCCUCCAUUAUUGGUAUUUCACAUACCAGAAAAGAUAAGAAAUCCAGAGUCAAUUAAGUUUUUGGACGGUCACAACACUAAACAUCAGCCUGAAUUGGAGAUAAAUAUUCUGUAAAUCUGCUUAUGAUCUGAGUCACACGCCUUUUGUGGACAAGGAUGUUCACUCAUAAAGUCUGAGCAAGGGGCAUUGUGGGAAGAGGUCUGAACUGUACAUAAAGCUUUGGGAAUGCCUUGGGUGCCUGUAUGCAAUUCAGGGCAGGGGCGAGAUUAGUUUUCUUUCUAUUUCUUCUGUUUUAUUUUUUUCCAAGAACAAGAAAGACUUCUGAAAGGGAAUUGAUUUCCAAUGGAUGCAUCGAUUCUACUGAGUACUUAAUAGCUCGGUGGUCAUAUCAAAUAUGGCCAGUGUGCUGAAGAACUGGAUUGGGUUUUCUAUGAUGGUAGAAUAAGCUAGUAGACUGGCACGUUCUUUUUUGUAAUGUUUGUUUUUUAAGAUAUUUGUUUUAUUCUCAGACAAGUCGUAGCAUAGAAGGAAAUAUUUUGUUAAAUAAGAUAUAGAUUAUUAAUUCUUGUUUCUCUAAUUUCACUUCACUGAAUGAACACAUUCCUUUGUUUUCUUGGUUUUUCAGAAAGUUGCAUCUUCAAUACAUUAAAUGUUAACACAAAGAUAAAACAAUAAAAAAAUUAUUGAUAUGGUUUUUACAAAGAAUGACUAUAACAAAACAUCCAUUUGGCCCUGCUUGAAAAGAAAAGAAAAAAAAACAACAAAAUUAUGCUUGCUUAGAAGUUUGCCUGUGUGAAGGUCAAAAUGAGAGCAUGUGUGUGUGGAUGUGCGUACAUGCAAACACAUCUCUGCGUGUCUGUAUGCCUGAAUGAGCAAAAGGGGGUUGCUGUAUUUUGUACAAUGUAAAUGUUUUCAUACAUAUGACUAUUUACGAGGAGGUCUGUACAGGCGAUUUUUGUGUGUGUGUGUGUGUGUGUGUGUGUGUGUGUGUGUGCAUUUUUUUCCACAUUCUAUCGCUGACACUCUUGGCGUUCUGCUGUUUUUUCUAUAUUUCAUGUAUGAGGUGUUAAUCAUUGUAAGUUAAAGCAUCGCGCCUCUGGUUCCUGCGGAGGUGGAAUGGACACUAUUUAUAGUCAAAGCUUGGUUUAUAAAGGGCAUUUUCACAGCUAUAUUUUAUUAUUAUUAUUGCCUGAUCGAUGAAUGCUAACCCAGCAAUGCUUUCCAGUUCAGCUACUGUACAUGCACGAGAUGAGAGCUCUAUCUGUAUAUAGGAGCAACAGCCUUCUGCAGCCCAUUUAAUGACACUGCAGAGGAUCGUGUAAAUGUAUCUGUAUAUUGUAUAGCUAACACUGUUUGUUUAAAAAAAAAAGCCUUAUAGUUGUUUAAAAAAAGUGCAGCAGCUAAGUACACACCAACCAUGAGGUUUGUUUGGGGACAGAGCUCCACAAUGUGACCGACCGCCUGUGGCUUAUGACCUUUCCCAGCUGCUCAAACAUCAAAUUUCCAGAGACAUGUGAAUCCAGACUGAAAAUAACUCUGCAUAGCACUGAUAAUAUGAGUGUAUCAAAUAUUAUAGACUGCAAAUAGUCACAUAUAAUGGAGAAAAGGAAUUCAGAAGAAGUCAUUUUGAUCUAAACUAAGCCUCUAUUGGCCUGGUCUGAAAGCCAGUCAUCUGAUUGGUCAAUGUUGAGCUCUGUCCCCUGCGAUGUGAGGCUCUGUGUCCUUCUAUGCAACUUACCAGGUGUACUGUUAGACCUGUCAUGUAGACUGUAAUCACUGCCUUUUAGACACUGUGAAUUUUUUGGUACCCUAUAUUUUUGUAUAUUGUACAUUAUAAAGGAUAAUAAACCUUGAUGCCAACACAA